AUGUCUGGUAUUAAACGAACACGACCAGAUGAUACUCCAUCUGUCCAACCUCAAACAACAGCAGAUAAAAUAUCAUCAAAAAUUGAAACAUCAUCAACCUUUGUUAGUAGUAUCGAAGAAGAAUACAAUUGUCCGAUCUGCUUUGAAUUAAUCAGUGAAGCAUAUGUUUCUCGAUGUGGACAUAGUUUCUGUAGUAAAUGUCUUCAACGAACCGUUGAAUCUCAUCGUCGAUGUCCAAAGUGUCAAUUAAGUCUUCAACCAUCCGAAAUUUUUCCUAAUUAUACAUUAAAUUCAAUAAUUGAAAAAUAUCGUCAACAACGUCCAUUACCUCAAACAUUUGCCAAAUAUGGCAGUAUUGUUGAACAUAUUUCUGAUAUGGUAACAAAUAUUCAUACAUUAAAUGCACAAGAUCUCGAUCGAUUGAUAUCUGUUAUUCGUCAACAUAAAGAAAAACUUGAUUCAAAUAAUGAAUAUAUUCAUAAUCGUUUACUUGAAAUAUUUUUAACACAUGUUCAUCAUGAACGAAGUGGAGCAAUUGAAUCAUUAUCAAAAGAAUUAAAUAUUGUUGAUCAAGAUUUAACACAAAUGAAUAAACGACAAAAAUGUUCAUCAUCAUCGUCGAAUAUAAAUAUUUCAACAAAUACAAAUGUUAAACAAACUAUAGAUGAUAAUCUAUUAAUAUCAUCAAAAUCAACAAAUAAUAGUAAAGAAGAUUUAUCAUCAUCAUCAUCAUCACCAUCAAAUGAUAUAACUAUUGUUAAUGAUACUGUACCGAAUUGGAUACAAUCAGGAGGACAAGAUCUUCGAGCAACACCUGAUAUGAAAACAGAGAAACAAGAUGCAGUACCAACAACAAGUUCAUCAACAACAACAACAACAGCUGCUUCAAGAAUUGUAUCAACUGGUGCUAUUGUUCCUGAAGAAACAAAUCAAUAUGAUGAUAUAGAAAAUCGAACAAAAAUAAUGAUGCGUUUUAUGGAUGAUUUAACAAAUAUUUAUUUUUCAACAAGAAAUUCUUUGAGAUUAACUGUUGACAAUGAUGGAUCAUGGACUGGCGAUAGUGGUUUAGGUACAUUUCGUGAUAGUCUUGCAGCUGUAACAAAAUAUUCUCGUUGUAAACCAAUUGCUACUGUUAAUUUUGUUGGAGAAAAUUUUGCUCAAGCUAGCAUUGUCUCAAGCAUUGAAUUUGAUCGUGAUUAUGAACAUUUUGCUGUUGCUGGUGUUUCAAAAAAGAUUAAAUUAUAUGAAUAUCAAUCUGUAUUGGAUAAUUCUGUUGAAUUACAUUAUCCAACAAAAGAAGUUGCAUGUACAGCUAAAUUAAGUUGCAUUAGUUGGAAUCCAUAUUUAAGAAANAUGAACAAAAAUCAACAUUCCAUGAACCUUUUUCAUAAACUUUUUUUUUUACUUGAAAUGUUCGAACAUUUUGCUGUUGCUGGUGUUUCAAAAAAGAUUAAAUUAUAUGAAUAUCAAUCUGUAUUGGAUAAUUCUGUUGAAUUACAUUAUCCAACAAAAGAAGUUGCAUGUACAGCUAAAUUAAGUUGCAUUAGUUGGAAUCCAUAUUUAAGAAAUUAUUUGGCAUCAAGUGAUUAUGAUGGAUUUGUUACUAUUUGGGAUAUGGCUACAGCACAAAAAGUUCGAACAUUUCAAGAACAUGAAAAACGUUCAUGGAGUGUUGAUUUUUGUUCAUCGGAUCCUAAAUUACUUGCAUCUUGUUCUGAUGAUUGUCGAGUAAAAAUUUGGUCAAUGCAUAAUGAUUAUUCUGUUACAACAAUUGAUGCUAAAUCAAAUGUUUGUUGUGUUAAAUUUAAACCAGAUUCUCAAUAUAAUAUUGUCUUUGGCACAGCUGAUCAUAAUUUAUAUUAUUUUGAUUUACGUAAUACACGUGAACCUUGUAAUUUACUUAAAGGACAUAAAAAAGCUGUAUCAUAUGCACGAUUUUUAUCAAAUAAUGAAAUUGUCUCAGCAUCAACAGAUAGUCAACUUCGUUUAUGGCGUGUAACUGAAGGACAAUGUUUAAGAACAUAUCGUGGACAUGUUAAUGAAAAAAAUUUUGUUGGUUUAGCAGUUUCAUCGGGUUAUAUUGUGUGUGGUAGUGAAACAAAUACAGUACAUUUGUAUCAACGUGAAAUUUCUCGACCUUUACUUAGUUAUAAAUUUGAUGAUCAAAAUAAUGGAACAGUUAAAACGGUGACAAAUACAACGGAUCGUGUGAAAAAAGAUGAAGGUGGAUCAGAAUUUGUCAGUGCGAUGUGUUGGAGUAAUCGUGAGAAUAUUUUAUUAGCAGCAAAUAGUCAAGGUGUUGUUAAAGUAUUGGAAUUGGUCUAA